GUCGUAUAUCACCCUAUGUUCUGGCACUAACAUGACGGGCAUCCAGAGGUUGAUAGGGCGGUUGAUAACCUGGUGAAGAGUGGAAAGAUGUUCGGCCCAACAGGAGGGCGGCGUGAGUUUAACCCAGCCACAGCUCUGAAAUGACGCUGGGCACGUCUGAACGUGUCUCGGGGAUUGGAGGAGCUUCCCGCUCAGGAGAUGAUAUUAAUCGGUAUACAGAUGGCCGUGUCCCCUCUGUUCACUCAGGACCGCGUCCCCAUUCCGUGGAGUUUGGCGACCCGCGCGCCGGUCACCCCGGCCCUAACCUGCAGAACUUCUAUGCCGCGCAACGACACCAAUCUUCGCGCGGUUCCAACGAGGCGGAGCAGAUGAUGCAGGCCAAGCGGAGGAUGGCGGCUCAGCGGGAGCGAGAACUGCGCAACUAUCAUCAAGAGCAGCAAUACAACCGAAAUGUCCUGGCUGAUAUAUCCUACAGCGGCAAACCCGAGCGCGCUCUCAGCCCCGGUAACAUGUCCGAAGAUGACCGCCGAGAGUUGAUCGCCCGCCAGCGUAGCGCCUUGUACGGCGAUGCCAGCUUCUCUGACGAGUCUGCUGGUCGACCAGGGGCACCGGGUUUGCCAACUACGACGUCGGGUCAUCGUGGCCCUUCGCCUCUGGCUUACGACUAUGGACGGGCAGCCACAGGUAACGCCUCGGAGACUCCCACGCAGUCCGGCGAGGCUCAGGUCCUCUCCCGCGCCAACAGCAACGCCAGCCCUCAGUCAAACCCGCCUACCAACAUGGGCAUUUUUGACGCUACGGUCGGUCAGCAGGCUAGCCGCACGAGCAGCUCCUCCCCGACUGGCGUGUCCCCUCCUCGAGCUGGCGGGUCGACUAAGGGGGCCCAGACCGGUACCACGGUAGCCCCCAUCGGCACCCGGCCGUCGGCUGCCUCGCAGGCGUCCAAUCCCGCGCUGAACAAGCGUUCUACCACGCCGCUGCCUUCGCCACUCAGUCACGGCUUCUCUGCCUCGAGCGCCAACGAUGAUAGCGGCCAGGGCAUCUCAGGCUCAGGCGCCCCCUCCAACCCACCCAGCGCUGCUGCGGACGGCUACAACGGCUGGGGCAACCGCUCCGCUGUUUGGGGUAACAAGUCCAGUUUAGGAGUUCAAGCGAGCGUUUGGGGUUAAGACAGCAGCGCCACAACAAUCCCAGCGGGUUAGGAACGCUCUCCUAAACCUCGGCACGGCUGCAGCCGCAGCAACCA